GCCUCCUGGUUGCUUGCAAUCGCAAAAAGGAAGACAUGACCGAGUUUGACGAUUGCAGUCACAGCGCAUCCAAUAUGUAUCUGCCAGGGUGCGCUUAUUACGUCUCACCCUCAGAUUUCUCGACGAAACCCUCUUUUUUGUCGCAAUCGUCUUCCUGUCAAAUGACUUUUCCUUAUUCUUCUAAUUUACCUCAUGUCCAACCUGUGCGCGAAGUAGCAUUCAGGGAAUACGGAUUAGAGCGCAGCAAAUGGCAGUAUAGGGGCAGUUAUGCUCCUUAUUACUCAGCUGAAGAGGUGAUGCACAGAGACUUUCUGCAGCCUGCGAACAGGAGGACGGAAAUGUUAUUCAAAACGGACCCCGUGUGCAGCCACCAUGGACCGUCUCCUGCUGCCUCCAACUUCUACAGCUCGGUGGGGAGGAACGGUAUCCUGCCGCAAGGCUUCGACCAGUUUUACGAGACAGCCCCCGGACCCCCGUACCAGCAGCACUCCGAGGGCGAGGGGGACGCGGACAAGGGCGACUUGAAGCCCCAGAACAGCACUUGCAGUAAAACACCUUCCAGCCAAGAAAAGAAAGUGACAACAGCAAACAGCGCCGAUUCCCCUUCUGGUGAGGCUGUUGCAGAGAAGAGCAACAGUUCAGCGAUUCCUCAGCGAUCAAGGAAAAAGAGGUGUCCCUAUACCAAAUAUCAGAUAAGAGAACUGGAACGUGAGUUUUUCUUCAACGUGUACAUAAACAAAGAGAAGAGACUGCAGUUGUCCAGAAUGCUCAACCUCACUGACCGACAAGUUAAAAUCUGGUUCCAGAAUCGAAGGAUGAAAGAAAAGAAACUGAACAGAGAUCGACUCCAAUAUUUCACUGGAAAUCCCUUGUUUUGA